GCAAAUUUGCAGAAUCCUUGGAGUGCGUCAUUGACAUGCCAACCUUUCCUCUAGGUUAACUUAGUUUAGCUUGCUCCUGUACCCCAAUAAUAGGCUGAACAUGCUGUAUUAGUGUUUUUCUAUGGGAAAAUUUUACUGCUGAAUUUGUGUGCAUACAUCCUUACAUUGCACAAUUCGAUUUUGCACCAGUUGUAUUUUGUAGCCGCUAAAAGAAGUUUCUAGUUUAACAGCAGUUAGGUGUCUCAUUUUGACUGACUUUCAUAGGCCAUCGGGUUAAUGCCAGACAAAAAACAGAGAAGGGUAUAUGAAAAGAAAAACUGGCAGCUCUUCAGUAUUACUACUAAAUAUUCAUAAACUCCUUGGCAAAGUUUUAUUUGCUAUUGAUAGCAUUCUCUACAAGCGUCGACUCUAUAUUUCCAUGCUGAGAUACUGAACCAAACUGGUUUCUACUUUUGCCUCAUUUGCCUGCAGGGUCAAAGCACCACAGCCAAAGUUGUGCAUUGGAAUGAUUCUCAUCCUUGCGUUUACGGAUUGGCGGUGCUCAUCGACAAGAUGGUCCUCUCCCAUGAUGACCAACUCCGCAAUCCGGUUUCAGAAUUUUGCUAGGUGGCUUCCUUCAACGGACAAAAAUGAGCAGCUGAGGUGUUUUUUCAGCGGUGCAACGCGGCUACAGGCUAGGAUCGGUGUACUCUUGCUCUUAAUUAAACCUUGGCCUAUAAUAUGACAUUGUUAAUAACUUGGUGUACUCUUGCUCUUUCCUUGAAGAAAGAAUAGCAGUGUCAUAGCUUGGCUUUGUCAUGAAAUUGCCAAGAUUUAGUGUACACACCAUAUGCCAGUCAAAAUGUUAAGCCUCGAUUAGCACUGUGCUUUUCUUCAGCAAAAGCCCAAUAGAGCAUCAGAGAAGAAGAAUGUUCACUUUAUCCUCUCUUUAUUUUGCAUGUUACUCCCAUCGCCAUCAUAAUACCCAGUAUGAUGUUCUUGCCCCUGCUUGAAGGGAAAGGAAAAAUGAAGUGCCUGCUGCAGCAGGCAAGGCAGCAAAGCAAAGCAGGCAUGUUGCAGAGGAUCAGUGGUCUCAUCUCUUUCUCUUCUAGUCCAAGUCCAAGCGCCCCAAGUCUGGGUCAAGAUCCAACAUGGUCCCUCUAGCAACUCUUUGUUUUUUCCUCUAGCAUCCAUCUGCUCUUCUACCACUGUUUGGCCAUCAAGGAACCAAGACCACAUGGCAAGGACAGCUAUGGUGAUAGAUAAACCAUACUCUAGUAGCAUCUCUGUAAUCCUAAUCACAUUAAGUAGGAAACAAGUAAGUUUUUUUUUUCUACUCCGCAUAAUUAACUUUAUCUUAAGUCAAACUUUGACCAAAUUUAGAGAAAAAAUUAAUUACAUCUACAAUACCAAAUCAAUAUCAUUAGAUCCGUUAUUGUAAAUGUUAAUAUCAUGUACUAUGACUUAUUGAUCUUAAAAUGUGAGAUGUAUCUUCUUGUAUCUGUUGCUUGUUGAGAUUUGUUGUUUGCCAGUUAAAUAAACCACGAAAAGAACAAAAAUAGUUGGAACGAGCAAUGUUAGUUAGAUUAUUUUUCUGUCGCCACAUAUGUUUGCUCACUUCAACUGUGAAAACAUUCGAGUACUCAUAACCGAAUCCCUGUGGAGAACGUGACAACCUCUAUAUGUACAUGUGAUCAAUUUGCUCGUAGGUGAGUUUAUUAUUUUUCAAUGUUGAAUUUAUUUUUUAAAAAUGUGAAAGUGAAUUAUCUUGUCAUCUUGUGAAUCUUGAACAUGUCGUGCAUAGUAGUAUGUAUCCAUUUGCAUGCUCCAUAAGCAACAACAAACCAUGUGGGACACUCUCGGUUAGGCAAUCUUUUUUCUUUUGUAAAAAAGAACACACUCGCUUUUUAACAAAUUAGAGGGAUAUAAAUUCUAGUCAACGUCGAACUUUGUACACCUUGGCUAAGUUUAUAGGAAAAAUUAUCAAUUUUUAUGCCCCAUGGUUGGGAGUGCAGGUGAUCCUGAGGAGAAUUGCAGGCUUCUGCAACCAAUGGAAGAUCCUGUGCAAAGAGGCUGCAAGAGAGCGCGUGGAGAAUCUAAUAUCAUCUCUGUGGGAACUAUCCAGGCAGCCGCCUCUGCUGCUUUGGCCAGAGCCAGGGUGAGGAAGAAUGAACUGUGGAUGGAAUACUAUCGGAAGAAGAAGGCAGAAGGAUGGUGUGGUAUCGAGGGCGGGCUACUCAUGGCAGGAUGAAAAGAAAAAAGAGAUGGAUACCAGAUCCAGACCUUCAUGAUGUUCGGCAUUAGCCUUUUAAUUUUCUGUCAGUAGACAUUUGAGUAGUUGGAGAUUGUAAGAGGUUUUAGCAAGAGUUCAGGAGUUAGUUGGAUUUCAUGCCGGAGGGCGCUAGAAACCCUCCCGCGAGCUGUAAUGAGAAUUUCUGUGGUUUCAUUUUAAGUAAUGAAACCGGGGCAAGAGCCAUUUUCCUCUUAAAAAAUUAUCAAUAUUUACAAUGCCAACUCAAUACCGUUGGAUACAUAUAUGUUCGGUAUUGUAAUUGCUUAUGUUGGUUCUACAUACAAAUUUAGCGGAGAAAUUUUAAUCUGGCAAGGAGUACUACAUAUGCAUAUAUUUUCAGUUUAAAUACUGUAUUCACACAACAUCGAACACUCUUUUUUUUGUGCAUAUUCAAAUUCUUGGCGUUUUGGACGGUUUCUGUAAAAAAAAAACACAUCGGCUCUCUCUCUCGUCUGCAAUCGGGGUUGGGUUUCCCAUGGAGGAUGUCGCACGCCGCCAUGGCGGCGGAGGAGCCGACCUCAUCAGCGACCUGCCGGAGGAUCUGCUCCUCCAGGUCCUCGCCCGCCGCCGCGCGCACAGGCCUCCUCUCCCGCCGGUGGCGCGGCCUCUGGACCCGCCUCCCCGACCUCGUCUUCCGCGACGUCGCGCUCGGCCCGCCCCGCUCCUACCCGCGCUCGCCUCGCUCCAAGCCGCGGCCGGCCCCGGGGUGACCCUCCUCGAUAUCCGCGUCGCAGGGCUUGAGCGGGAGGCUUCCUUGGUCUCUUCGCUGCUCCAUGCCGCCGCGGGGCUCUCGCCGGCGGAGCUCCGCCUGGCCCUCCAACGCGACAUCCAGUUCUUCCACGUGGAGAUGCCUCGCUUCCACCGCGCCACCUCCAUCGACCUCGCCGCGCACUACCUCCACCUCUUGCUGUCACGCAUCAGCAGGUUCCCGGCGCUCCAGAGGCUGUCCCUCUCCGGCUGCCGCGUCGACCUCGCCGACCUGGUCCACCGCUGCCCGUGCCUGCGGGUGCUCAGGGUGGCCGACGCCCGACGGGUUCCUCAACAGCAAUAUCACCAUCAAAUCGGAGUCGUUGGAGGAGCUCGCUGUGGAGAGCCUGAACAAAUGGACAGAGUGUAUCUGCGUCGAGGCCCCCCAUGCUCAAGAAUUUGGCAAUGUCAUUCAGCAUCGACAGCGAGCUCACCGUGUCCAUCGCCGCGCCAAUUGUGGAGAAGGUCUCUUGGGAGUGCUCAUAUUCCUAUUCCUCGCUGACUCGUGGGCUUGGUCCAUGGAGCCUCUCAAACCUGAGCUUACAUGCCGCAGAAAGCCAUGAAGACAUGGUGCUCACCGACACCGGCCGGCUCUCCAACGCUUAUGUCCUGUCCCUGCAAAUAUGGCCUUGUGUAUGUCUCAUGUCCUAUACUCAAUCGACUUGAUUACCCGACUAAAUUAAACCUAUGCAUGAUACACUACCGUUAUCCUGAUGCAGGGUUUGACUAGUUAGUUAUCCUGAUGCAGAGUUCAGCUUGGAGCAGGAAAUAGAGACACAUCUGGUUACUGACUUCUCUGUUUUGGAGCUACAUUUCACGACAAUGGAGCUUGAUCAUCGUGUCAGAUCUGUGAGGCAUGUCUUUGGAGCAUUUGCGUUGCAUCUACUUGGGAUGCAUCCGAUUCGUUCUGCUACACGAAAGCUUAAGAUCAUCGUACAGAGAUCAGAGUUCAAAGAAGAAUGCCCGGUAAAUUGUCCCUGCGAUGAGCCGAAGAGCUGGAGAAGCAAAAAUAUCUCCUUGAUCAAUCUCGAAGAAGUGGAAAUGGAAGGCUUCGAAGGGGAGGACCAUGAGUUUGAUUUGCUGAAAGUGAUAAUCAGAUGCGCACCAACGCUUAAAAGAUUGGCCGUGCAGAUGUCUGAUGAGGUCAGAACAAGUAACGACCAGUGUUCGAAAAUAUACGACAUCUUCAAGGCGCAUCCUUCCGUGGAAUGCAAUGUUGAUCUUAGUUCUGGUAAGAAGGUUCUGCUGCUGCAUAAAUGAUUAGUAUGCUCCUAGAUGAAACUAUAUACGUAUUUUUUAACCCUUGCACACUUAGACGAAGCCUAAACUCAUGAUCAUGACCGUUCACCUUGUGCCUAUA